UUUAGCUCAUUAGCCCUAUCGAAAGACCAUAAGCUGGAGCAGGCGCAUUUAUUUCACUUGAGGAAAUCCUUGUAUUGUGUUGAAAUCGCGGCGCUAAAUUUUGGAGGCAUUUUUCAAGAACUUUCGGCUGUAGAAUCUGUAAAACUAUUUCUAAAACACAUAAAACUGGGAUUCUUAAUGCUGAAAACAAUGUGACGUAACCGGCUUGUUUGGGAAAUGGUAUCAUCCUUCGUUCGCGUUAUGUGGGAAGCGGCCAACCGUAAUCGCACACGAUUGAUAGCAGUAAAAUCGUUAAUUGUUCGUGGCCGCUUCCGUGAAAAUACUGCCGAAAUCCGAGAAUAGAAAAUAAAAUUUACAAACGUUAGUUUUUUAGUUUCGGCGUACCAGCAGCAAGUGGACGAUUUGAUUUUUGCAAUUUCCACUAAAGUCACCAAACAGUAAACAUGUCAGACAAGCCGGACACCGUACCCGGGCUGGGAUUUAAGGACCAAGAAAAGGCUCAGGAAACGCUCAAGAACCUGGAGGGCCGCGAUCCGGACUACCAAAAGUUGGCCAUCAAAGGCUUGAUUGGUAGAGCCAAACGAACAUUGACUUUGACCAAGGACAAGGACAAGCUGCAAAACAUUACCGAUGCCAUCAGCGUCUUCGAGCAAUGGCUUAAGGAUUUCGAGAGCAACAACCUAGCCAAAGAGAACAGGCCCUAUUUACCUGUGCUCUCAGUUAAGGCUCUUUUGCCCCUCAAAGACAAGUAUGAACUCAAGGAUGAGUUGGCUGAGCGUUUCCUUAAAGCCUACUCGGAGGAAGCCAAGGGCGAGUAUAAAAACUUACGCACAAUCUCCAGUGGGGACGGGGAGCCAACGUGGGACAUUGUCCGCAACAAACAGUUGAAAACCAUUCCGACUUCGUCCAUUGAUUUGUGGGACGAUCAGGAUCUGCCUACUAAAGAGCACAUGGAGUUGGUUCUGUGGGCGUACAGUCCCGAAGCCAGCAAGAUCAAGAAGAACGUGUCCAACUACGAGGAGAAACUGGGCAACUUGAAAAUUGCCAGCGAUGAGGAGGAAGCCAAGGAGGAAAAAAAGGGCAGGAAAAGGAAGUCGGAAGGAUCAAGCAGCAGCUCACAGAGUGAGGAGAGCAAUGCUAGUGAGGACGACGAGUCCCCCAAGAAAAAGAGCAAAAAAGUGUAACAUGAAAAGUACAAAAUAAACGGUUGUUGAAAAACUGAA